AUGGAUUUUUUGGCUGCGAGCGACGCCAUAAAGUGCCGAGCAUUCCAAAUAGCUCUAGAAGGGUCAGUGAGGUUGUGGUACCAACAGUUGAAGCCUCGRUCAAUCGACAGUUAUCAACAGUUGAGAAGGUUGUUCAUCAAUCAGUUUUCAGCUCGGCAGUUGUUGAAGUUGCCGCCUUCCCAUCUCGAAACAGUAAAGCAACGAGACAAUGAGUCUCUUACGGAGUACAUCGCUCGGUUAAUGGACGAGCAUGUCAAGGUGGUGAGUUGCACUGACGAUAUCGCCAUGAUGUACUUCACAACGGGAUUAAAUGACAGAAACUUGACGAUCGAGUUCGGAAGUCGUCCGCCGGCCUCACUGAACAAAAUGCUUGCCCGAGCUCGCCAGUAUAUUGAUGGCUUGGAGUUGUGGAAGGCCAAAGGAGCCAGGCGAAGCAGCCGUGGUAAAGAUCGGGACCAGAGGUCUUCCCCUCCCAAGAAGCGACAUAGUGAUGACCAGAGUUCGUCUCGGCAAGCUGUCGACGACAGGAGUAGAGGCCAGUGUGACGAGAGGGGCUCUUCAGAUCGUUGGGGGCCAAAGUUCGAUAAGUUUACCCCGUUGAACGCCUCGGUCGCGGAGAUUUAUGCAACAGUUGAAAAUACCGACAUGAAGGCACUCUUCACAGCCCCGAAAAAGCUUCACCGACCUUCGGGAAAGCGAGAUAAGCGACUCUACUGCCGAUUCCAUAAGGAUCAUGGCCACAAUAGUUCUCGUUGUUUCCAUCUAAAGGAGCAAGUCAAGGAUUUGAUCCGAAGAGGUUAUUUAAAGAAGUAUGUCGGCAGCAGAGAACGAGCUAAGCCAGAGGGAUCAACUCGGGAGGAGAAGAGAGAAAGAUCACAGCCGCCUGGACGAAAGGAAGAUCGUCCUGCGGUAAUAAACACCAUUCACGGGGGUCCGAGCGGGAGGAAGUCUGGGUAG